UUAAAUUCAUACGACAAAAUUUUUUCAUUGAAGACGAAUGUAAAAUUCGUGUAUGACAAAAUCUAAAAUAUUUAUUUAUUUGUAACUGAUGCUCGCGUAUAUUCCAAUUACUGCAAAGAUCAAUAGCAGUGCUUCGUAAAAUAAUAAGUCUGCGUACAGCAAAUCGCAGUAGUGAUUUUCGGUAGUGACUAAAAGUACACAUUCUAUUGGUUCUAUCAGUCGAUCGAAGUUUCCUCGAGUGUACAGUACUGAUUCGCUUGUAACGAAAUGUUUGGUUGUUGUUGGUGCUGUUCAGCCUUACGCCCGCGAUAUAAAAGACUUGUUGACAAUAUUUUUCCAGUAAAUCCUCAGGAUGGCUUAGUGAAAAAUAACAUGGAAAAGCUGACCUUCUAUUCACUAAGCAGUCCUGAAAAGCUAGACAGAAUUGGAGAAUAUUUGUUUCAAAGGGCUUCCAGGGACAUUUACAGGAGAAGAAAUGGAUUUGUUGUUAUUGCCAUGGAAGCAAUGGAUCAGCUUCUAGUAGCAUGCCAUGCUCAGACAUUAAACCUGUUUGUUGAGAGUUUUUUAAAGAUGGUGCAGAAAUUGUUGGAAUCUACGGAUCCGCAAUUACAAAUACUGGCAACCCAGUCUUUUGUCCGCUUUGCCAACAUCGAGCAGGAUACGCCGUCUUAUCACACACGUUACGAUUUCUUUGUAUCAAAAUACUCUGCGAUGUGCCACUCGAACCACAAUGACUCUGCAAUCCGCAAACAGAUACGACUUGCUGGAAUUCAGGGAUUACAGGGUGUUGUAAGAAAAACGCUUUCUGAUGAUUUGGUAGAAAACAUUUGGGAACCUGUACACAUGGAUAAAAUUGUUCCUUCGUUGCUGUACAAUAUGCAAAAUUCAAGAUAUUCUAGUAAAGAAGAUGCAACUCCGGAUAGCCCAACUGAAGGACGAUCUGAUCCGCCACAAUUUGCAGAAACUUGUAUGCGAGAACUUGUUGGACGAGCAUCAUUUGGUCAUAUUAAAUGUGUUAUUCGACCUGUUUUAAGACACUUAGAUAAUCAUCAGUUAUGGGUCCCUAAUUAUUUUGCUAUCCAUACAUUUAGGAUAAUUAUGUUUUCCAUUCAGUCACAAUACUCUUACACAGUUGUGGAAGCAUUAAUGACUCAUCUUGAUGAUCAUUCGAAAUCAUCGCCCAAGAUUCGAACGAGUAUCGCAGACACUUUAUCUAAAAUUAUUUCCAUUGCAGCUGGUGAAAGUGUUGGUCCCUCUGUUUUGGAGAUAAUAAAUUCUCUGCUAUCUCAUCUUCGAGUUAGUGUAACAAGAAAUCAAUCUUCGAGCAAUGACGAACAAUUGUAUCAAGAGGCUCUUAUUAAUGCUCUUGGAGAAUUUGCAAAUCAUCUACCAGAUUAUCAGAAAAUAGAAAUUAUGAUGUUCAUAAUGAGCAAAGUUCCAUACAGUCAACCAGAUCGUAUAGUUUCAGUUGGUAAAGGCGAUGUAUUACUCCAAAGUAUUCUUCUAAAAUCUCUUUUAAAAGUUGGCACAAAAUAUCAAACUAUACAUUUGAAUACAACUUUUCCACCAAGUUUUUUGGAGCCAUUAUUAAGAAUGUCACUCGCAGCAGAUGCUGAAAUGCGACUUUUAGUACAAAAAAUCUUUCACACUUUAAUCGACAGACAUCAGAAUAUUAUCAAACUUGCGAGACCUACAGUAAAUGUUGCACAACUUGAUCUUACAAUUGAAAAAGCAUCCCGACCAGACGUGAUCUUUAUUCGUAAACAUGGCCCUGAAAUCUAUUUAGCGUUAUACGAAUCGUUAGAAUUGGCAAGUAAUAAGGUGGAAAACGUAGAAUCUAUAUAUACAACAUUGGCAUUACUUGCCGUGGAAUUGGCUUCUGAAGAAACAGUGUUGGAGUUACUGAGAUUAGUACUGAGUCUUCAAGAUUUAGCUUUAACAAGUAGCCAAAUCAGUGUUUCACUCAAAUUUAAUUUACACGCUAUUGUCAUUAGUUUGCUUGUACUAAUAUCUUACGUUUGUAAUAUUACUUCGCUAAUGGAUUACGCGAGCAAGGUUGUAGAAGUACGACGAAAGGAAGCACCUCAUCUUUUGCCUGAUUUGCAAUCUCAGUAUGAUAUUGGUUUAUCUUCUAGAUUAGCACCCGCUCUAUUAGUUGAUCAAACUGUUUUAAGCGAGUGUUUGAAGGGAGCUGGUCUUGAUAGUGGAAAGCUACAACAAGGAUCUGGUUACAGUAGUAUCUCGCUACAACAUCGACACUCAUGGGUCGACAGUGCUGGGCGAAAUUCGUUAGGCGAUAUUAAUUCUGGUGCUACAGAAUUAGAUAGUGGCGGUUCAUCUCCUGGUGUUCAAAAAAAAUUACCAGGAGAAGAGUUGACUUUUGAAAGUAUGAAACGAAUUUUAACAGAAAAUAACAAUAAUCAUGUCGUGGAAGAAGAGAAACGAUUACAAUUAUCGCACUUGUUUAGAAACGCACCAUUUCAGGAUUUGGUAUCAAAAACACAACCAAAGCAUGAUGUUUUACAAAGUAAACUAUCAGAAAUAUUUAAUACAUUAUCCGUUGAUCCACGAAAUACAAGCCAACCAGGUGGACCACCAACAGAUACUAAACCAAGUCAAGCCCCAGCUUAUGAAAUACAUUUCCCAGAACUAUUUGUUUAUUAAAAUAACGAGUUUUUUGUUUGCUGUGACAUUUUUAUUAAGUUGAACAUUACAGUGGCUAUAUGUCAAUUAUGAUCAAUUUAAUUUAUUUGUACAUUUUAUGUUAAAAAACUGUGGAACAAUAUUUGUACAUACAGUGCAUUUUGAUACCGUUUAAUGCGUAUAAUAUUAAUUACAUUUGUGUAUAUAUGUAUUUUCUUUAUAAAUAAUUAAUAUUUAUUAUAAUUAUUACUACAA